CUAAACACGCGUUUUCAUAUGAUUAACGCAUCACAUAACAUUUGGACUAAUCCAUUCGAUGUUUGUGACGUACCCGCGCUGCAACGCGCGCGAAUGUUAUUGCUAGUUUAUCUUUAAUCAAUAAGAUUAAUUAAACCCCCAACUCCCCAACUGCUCAUUUCCCAUUAACACCAAAUGCUCCGCCCCCUUUGAAAUCCAAACGAAUUCCAGCGAUCAAGCCCUAAUUCACACGCGAUGAGUGAAGGAUUCUACAUUCGAGAGACAUUAGACCAGCGGGAUGUUGAUCAAAUUUAUGAGGUGUAUGAUACCCUUUUCACUGCUCGGUUGCAUCAUGGUGGGAAUUUCACUCAUCGUCCUGGUAGACAGUAUGUUAAUGGUAAGCAUGACUUCAUCAAUCAUCUAGACAGUGACAGGUUCUCUGUACACGAGUUGGAUCUUGCGAUGAUAAUGUUAGGUUAUGAAGAAGGUUCCAUUAUGUUCUAUCAUUUUUUAAUACCAGGAGAGAGUUUAGAUAGUGGUCUUCGUAGCCUUGCUUGUGAUGCUGAUGUGAUAGAACUUUUAAAAUAUGUCCCUGAACAUAGGGUUGUAGAUUUUUACACUGAACAUGGUAAUACAAAUGUUAACUAUAAUAGAUUAGGGGUGCAUAUUGAAGAAAUCAAUGAAGUGGGCCAAUCAAGUGGUGUACAACAGGAAGUUGGGAUGGUUACCAAUUGGUUUAGGGUUCUAAAGUUGGGAUGGCAUGAAGUGGGCCAAUCAAGUGGUGUAUAACAGGAAGUUUUAGCCAUAACAGAUUAUUAUGAAAAGGAUGCAGAUGUAGAUGAUAAGGCUGAUACUAAUGUAGAUGAUAAUGGUGAUAGUAAUGUAGAUGAUAAUGCUGAUGGUAAUGUAGAUGAGGGUGCUAAUGUAGAUGAGGGUGAUGAUGUAGAUGAUACUAAUGUAGAUGAGGGUUUAAAUGAAAAUGAGGGUGAUAAUGUAGAUGAGGGUGAUGAUGUAGAUGAGGGUGAUAAUGUAGAUGAGGGAGAUGAUGAAAAGGAGGGUGAUAAUGUUGAUGAGGGUGCCAGUGAGAGUGACAGUGACUAUCUUGUUGAUAAGGAUAAUAACAUGGAUGAUCCAAAGGUGGAUAUGCAGGAUUAUAAGAUGAAUUUAAAAACUUAGCCAUGUCCAUAAAGAAAACAUAUAAACAUGCACACCACAUCUUCGUACUUGCCAUCCUAAGUUUCUGUUCUUACAUGUACCUCACAAUACUCUAUAGUAGGCUUGGGAUACCUUUGGGAAACUUAUCGGGGCCUUGAAAGCAAGGAAAAGUGAGAAAGAACACGAAAAACGGGUUUCCGACGCCGGACCCGCGUAGACAACAAGAUAAGGCAUCGGCUGCAACAGGGCAUGGCGUCGCCGGUGCCUCCUCUGCAGCUCAAAUGCUGAUUUUGCGUUUUGUUCUUUCUACUCACUAACCGUGUGUCCCGAGGGUUCUAAUACGUGAAAUAAAUCAUUAUUCAAGUUCUCAAUUCAUUCCAUACCUUUUCCAACCCAAUCCACAUGUUCUUUGGUUAAAUCUUUAUACUAAAAGUUUUGACUCGCUUGCCCCUACGUUGAGGUUUCAUCGGAUUGACAUCAAACGACCAUUACAACCAUUCUCAUCCUAGCAAUUCCAUUAUUUGUAGAUCUUUACUUGAUUUCAGUGUUCCAUAUAGAUAACUUUAUCUAAACAAAAUAAGAAGUGAGAUCGAUAUUCACUUACAAUAAGCGUCCGUAUUCGUGAUCACUUCCUCGCCUCCUUUUGAGCCAUUUGCCUUUCGUGCUCGCGUCAUCUUAACAUGAUGU